AUGCUCUGGAAUUAUUCCUGCGCGCCCUAUUCCAGGGGUGGCAUUCGCUCGUGCGCGCAGAGAUUGCGCUCGCCACUACUCAUACACCCACCAAGAUAUCGUGCUACUGCCCGGUUUUAUUCGGAGAACACUUCCAAUGACUUGCGUCGACGAUCUCUUUCAGUCCCGGCUUCCGCUAGAUUCAACGAGAUUGGAGUCCAACAAUUAAGCGAUCAUGUGUAUUCGCAGGUCUUUCCUGUGAAAUCAAAACCUCCCGAUCCCGCCCUCGUCGAACUAUCGAAAGAACAUCUCUCGCGCCAUGAUCUUCUUGGAAAAUCCCAGGAAGCGGCGCAACCGGUCGCAUUCGACUUGCCUCCUCUACAGGGGCAGACGUUGGAUGAGCACUUCUAUAAACUUGGAAUGGACGCUUCUGAACCAUAUUUAACCUAUGCGAAGGGCUAUACGGCCACAAAUUCCCCAGAGAAGCCUCGGAAAUGGAUCAGGCGGAGUGGAUGGACGAAAUACAAUCGCGAUGGCUCCUGGGAGGCCGUGGACGCUCCGAACGAGUCUAUGAUAACAUUUGACACCGAGGUUAUGUGGAAAGAACACUCUUUUGCUGUUAUGGCUUGCGCUGUCAGUCCUACUGCCUGGUAUGCAUGGCUGUCCCCCUGGCUACUGGGCGAGUCAGAAAACGUGGUGCAACUCAUUCCACUCGGCGACCCGUCUCAGCCACGGAUUGUCAUUGGACACAAUAUUGGCUACGACAGGGCUCGUGUACUCGAAGAGUAUCAUAUGACCCAGACGCGCAAUUUUUUCAUCGACACGAUGUCGCUUCAUGUUGCGGUCAACGGCAUGUGUUCGCAACAGAGGCCCACAUGGAUGCGUCAUAAGAAGAACAAAGAUUUGAGGGAUAAGAUCGCAAGCGAGAGCAAUUCUGUGGAACUCGCGGCGCUCCUCGAAAACAAGAUGCUUCGUGAUGAAGAGGAGGAGCUGUGGGUGGGCAGAAGCUCGGUAAAUUCCCUUCGGGAUGUCGCCAAAUUCCACUGCGAUGUUACAAUUGAUAAGGCACAGCGAGAUUACUUCGGCGAAUUAGACAGAGAAGGAAUAUUGGGAAAACUGGAGGAACUUCUCGACUACUGUGCUGCGGAUGUAGCCAUCACCCACCGGGUCUACAAAAAGGUUUUUCCGAACUUCCUCGAGGUGUGCCCUCAUCCAGUCAGCUUUGGGGCCCUACGACAUCUCUCGUCUGUGAUACUACCCGUCAACAAAUCAUGGCAAGAAUAUUUGACGAACGCCGAGGCAACUUACCAUCAACGGCUUGAAGAUGUGCAACGCAAGCUUGUCGAGCUGUGUGACGAAGCGUUGAAAGUCAAGGAUCAUCCCGAAGUGUAUAUGAACGAUCCUUGGUUACGGCAGCUGGACUGGUCCGGCCAGGAAGUCAAAAUGGUCAAGGGGAAGAAGAAAGGUGACCCGCCACGACCAGCCGCGAGGCAAAAGAAGCCCGGGAUGCCAAAGUGGUACAAAGACCUGUUCGCAACAAACACUUCUGACAUUAAUUUGACGGUGCGUACUCGAAUCGCGCCCAUUCUUCUGAAGCUGUCCUGGGAUGGUCACCCCUUAACUUGGUCCGACAAGUUCGGAUGGACCUUCAAAGUUCCGCGUGAAAAGGUCAAGAAAUACGAAAACCAGCCUGUCGUGAUUUGCGACAUGGCUGAAGAAAAGAUCAUGGAGCUGCGAAACGAUCGGAGACAUGUAUACUUCAAGCUCCCUCACAAAGAUGGCCCUCAGGCAAGGUGCAUCAACCCGCUGGCCAAGGGGUACAUGCAGUAUUUUGAGCGUGGAACCCUUUCCUCUCAAUAUGCGCUCGCCAAGGAGGCUUUGGAAAUGAAUGCCUCUUGCUCGUACUGGAUCAGUGCACGAGAUCGAAUUAUGAGUCAAAUGGUUGUCUAUCAAGAUGAGGUGGGCAAUGUCCAGCCAAAUGAUGAUGGAAGCAGGAUAGGUUUCAUCCUCCCUCAAAUCAUUCCCAUGGGCACCAUCACACGACGGGCGGUCGAAAACACGUGGCUCACGGCCAGCAACGCGAAGGAAAACCGGGUGGGAUCCGAGCUCAAGGCUAUGAUUAAAGCACCUCCCGGGUAUGUCUUUGUUGGCGCAGAUGUUGACUCGCAAGAGUUGUGGAUUGCCAGUCUUAUUGGUGAUGCGCAAUUUCAAAUCCACGGUGGAAAUGCGAUUGGCUUCAUGACUCUGGAAGGGUCCAAGGCGGCCGGCACAGAUAUGCACUCGCGGACUGCUCACAUCCUUGGCAUCUCACGUAACGACGCCAAAGUCUUCAACUACGGUCGUAUCUACGGUGCUGGAGUCAAGUUUGCUGCCACCUUACUACGGCAGUUCAAUCCUUCUAUGACAGAGAGGGAGACCCAGGAAGUUGCCAGCAAUCUAUACAAGGAAACUAAGGGCACUCGCACAACUCGUCGCAUCCUGAGUGAGGGGCCUUUCUGGCGUGGGGGCACCGAGUCCUUUGUUUUCAAUAAAUUAGAAGAGUUUGCCGAGCAAGAAAGGCCGAGGACGCCGACUCUGGGUGCCGGGAUUACUGAAGCCCUGAUGCGGCGUUUCAUCAACAAGGGCAGUUUCAUGACGUCCCGCAUCAACUGGGCAAUCCAAUCGUCAGGUGUUGACUACCUUCACCUUCUGAUUGUUGCGAUGGAUUAUCUCAUCCGCCGCUUCAAUAUUCAAGCACGUCUCGCAAUCACAGUCCAUGACGAAAUCCGAUAUCUUGUGAAGGAUGAGGAUAAAUACCGUGCCGCUCUAGCAUUGCAAGUUGCAAAUGUCUGGACCCGCGCCAUGUUCUCGCAGCAGGUUGGCAUCAACGACCUGCCGCAGUCCUGCGCAUACUUUUCAGCAGUUGACAUUGAUCACGUUCUGCGGAAAGAGGUUAACAUGGAUUGUGUGACUCCGUCCCAUCCCCAUAAAAUCCCUCAUGGCGAAACUGUGGAUAUCACCCAGCUCUUGCAGAAGGGCCAAGAGGCUCUUCUGGAUCUUUCUGUGACACCGGUUGACGCACCUGCUCCUCAGAGAUACGCCUAUACGCCACGCGAAUCAGUCAUGUCCGCUCUUCAGGCCACAAGUGACCCUGCUUUCAUCCGCGCUCAAAUCACCAAAGACGAUGCGGAGCUCCGCGAAAUCAUCAAGGAGGUUACUAAGGCCAAAGCGGCAACACGGCCGUCAUCCACCGCGAGUUUACAAAAAGGGCGGGUGAACGCAACAACUUCUCCCGCCGCAAGUCCUCAAAAAGCCAUCUUAAUGGACGUGGGAUCCGGACUUUACCGCGACUUCCAAGCCUUUCCCCAGGGGAGCCGGCAUCCCCAAGUGGGACUGAAUCGGCAGACCUGGAAACCCCGUUCUUCCGCUCGGGCUUGA